CCUGUUGACGAAUUUCUUGAGGAUCACGAAACUUCUGAGGAUCACGAAACUUCUGAGGGUGACUUCGGAAGCUCUCGGGGUGACGAAACCACUGAAGUGGACGUUUCUCCGGAUUAUCAUCAUCCCGAUGCCAAUCCUUGCGUGCUGCCUCCAGAUGUGGGAUCUCCUGACGAAGAAGUCGCUCAAGAAAUGUGGUUCUUCAAUGAAUCCCAAGCGUCUUGUGCCCCAUUCGAAUACUUGGGUUCUGGCGGAAAUAUGAAUCGAUUCGUUGAUGAAGUUACUUGUAUGCGUGCUUGUGGAACCGGUACAUGA